AUGGCUCGUGAGAUGUCCAAGAGACGCUCAGAGUCGGAGGACCCCGCCAGUGGCGACGAAGAGGGGCGCCAUGUUGUCAAACGCGUCAAGCUCGAACGCAUGGAUGACGAUGAGCGUGCUCGGUUUGCGAACAUUGAGCGCGCACGCCGCGGGACUAGUGCCAACAGUCGCGGGCGUGAGAGCGAUGAAGACGAGGACAUGGAGGACGACCGCGACGCAUCAGACUCUGAUACCGACUUGGACGACGAUGCUGCCAACCUGCGCGCCAAGGCGAACGCAGAGAAGAAGAAGAGGAACAUGGGCUAUGGCUCGGUACCCGAAGCCGGCGUGAUCAAGGGCAUCCGCAUCGUCGACUUUAUGUGUCACAAGCACUUCUCGUACAACAGCUUUGGCCCAAAGAUCAACUUUAUUGUUGGUCACAACGGCAGUGGAAAGUCGGCCAUCCUCACUGCUCUCGCAGUCGCCCUUGGAGCCAAGGCCUCGGUCACUGGCCGUGGCCAAGGUGUCAAGGACAUGGUUGCUCGAGAGGCCGACAAAGCCAUCAUCACCCUCAUCCUUUCUAACAAGGGUUAUGACGCGUUUGAGCCUGAAAAGUACCCGGACCAGAUUGUCAUCGAGCGCUGGAUCGCCAAGAACGGUUCAUCUGGCUACAAGUUCCGGGCUACAGAGGAUGGCAAGAUUAUCACAACCAAGCGCGAAGAACUGAGCACCAUUUGCGCCCAUUUCAACAUCGAUAUCGACUCGCCUCUCACCCUCCUCACGCAAGACAAUGCCAAGACGUUCCUCGCGUCUACCGAUAACCGCAAGCUCUACGAGCUGUUUUUCAAGGGCACCAGUCUUCAGCAACUGGCCGACCAGUACACCCAGAUGGAUGCGACGCGGCGAAAGAUGGACUCGGACCUAGCGCGUGCGAGGGAGGGAAUCCCCAACCAGCGGGCAAAGGUGGAACGCCUGCAAAGCGACAUUCGGUCUGCCGAGCGGGCUCGCGAGCUCAAGGGAGAAAAGACCGAGUGUGAGAAAAAGCUGGCUUGGGCCUUUGUCAAGCGCAAGGAGAAGGAUACCCAAAAGCACCGUGACGAAGCCGAGCUCCUCACUACCAAAGUUCAGAAGGCGCAGGAGUCGAUCGACGAGAUCACAGUGAGUGCAUGUAGUACCAGCGAAGCUGACCUGCAGGCACAACUUGGACCCACUGAGCGCGAGAUUGGUGCUCUCAACGACGAGCUCAAUGAGCUCACAGAGCGCCGCAGACCUACCCAAGUGGCGUUGAAGAAGGCCAAGACCGAACUCCACAAAAGCCAGUUCAAAGCGAGCUUCAAUGAGGAUGAAAUGAAAGGUAUCAAGGAGGACGUCAAUCGCGUGCGCAAGGAGAUUGCCAACCUCGAGGGCCAAAUCGCUGCCCGCCAGCUUGGCCCCGACGCAACUCAAAACCCUCGUGAACGUGAGCUCCAGGAAAGGCGCAAGAAGCUUGAAGAGGGUCUCAGUUCGUUGCGCCGCCGUCUUCCUGAAGCAGAGCGAAAGGCCACGGACGCCGCCCAGGAGCUCGAUCGUGCCGAGGCCGAGUACACUGCGCUUGAGAGCCGUCGAGACGAUAUCCGAGUUCAGUUGGACCGGGCGAAGCAAUCUGCCGCGACACUUCAGCGCCAGUCUACCGAUCGCAUGGCUGUGUAUGGCCAGGGUUUCGAUAAAGUCAUGGCUAGGAUUCGGCAGGCGAGGUGGCACCAUUCCGAACCUCUGGGACCUCUUGGCCUGUACGUGCAGCUGGAAGACAUGCGGUAUCGAGAUGCCGCCCAUGCCACUCUCGGCCAACUGCUUUGUGGUUUUGCUGUUCGCGACCAUCGAGACAAGCAUACACUUCUCAACAUUCUCAAAGAGUGCAAGCAACACCAUGGAUUCCGAUCAGUGCUUGGUCCUAACUCUUUGCCCACCGUGUAUCAGCACACCAAUGAUAUGUUUGACUUUUCGGCUGGCGACUUGUCCCGUUCUAACGCUCAGUUCACAAACGAUGCUGCCCUCCGCAUCUUUGUCAACAUGGCCCACAUUGAGAGGCUCGGCGUAGCCCCUACCCAGCGCGAAGGCUAUAACGAAAUGAAGCGUGUGCUCGCUGAGACACGCCUUCCUCAAGUCACGUUCAUCAGUGCAGAUGGCUACACGCAGACGGGCAAAAGCAAUGGCUCCACUCAGUCUGGGCCGCUAGGUGACUGGAAGUCCAACCCUAUUUUCGUAAAGGAUGUCGCUACGGAGCUUGCCAACAUUCGCGAGAGAGUGAACACGAUGCAACCAGAGGCCGAUGCUGCGCUUCAACGUUGCGCUGAUCACGCGCGACACAGGCAAGGCCUUCAGACCGUCCUCGCCAAAGCCAACCAAACCGUCGAGCACCUCAACAAGGGUAUUCCACGCUUCAGGGGAGACAUCCAGAGGCUAGAGGAUGAGAUUGCCGAUCUCCAGCCAGCCAAUGGUGACUUUCUUGUGACCUUUAAGACCGAACGCGAAAAUGAACUUCACAACAUCGAGGUGCAGCUUCGGAUUUUGGAGGAGGCUCACAAGGAAGUUCUUCAAGAGAUUAGAACCGCGACCAAGACGGUGGAGGAAUUGGACGAAGAGCAGCAGCGCUUUGGUCCAGAGACUGAUGAGAAGCGAGCUGCCAUUCUUGUCCUUGCCGAGAAGCAGACCAAGGCCCAGAACGACAGGCAGUUCUACAGGAACUCGAGAGCACGCACGGAGAAGGAGCUGGAGGCCACUACCAACCUGAUCACAGAGUCGGAAGCGGAACUCGAGACAUGGACUACGCAGGCUCAGAACUUCUGCGACAGGAUCGACUCUGACAUGUCGGUCGAUGACCUGCACCGUCGCAUCAAAGCUCUGGAGAAGAGUAUUGCAGACGCAGCCAAGCAAAACAACAUCAACCUGGAUGACACUCUUGCAAAGUUCACCUCGGCCAAGGCCGCGCUCAAAACGAUGGAGGAUAGCACCAGGACUUUCCUGAAGCUCGUCCAUAUUCUGAAAGACGGCAUCCAGAUGCGCCAGGAAAAGUGGCAAGAACUCCGUCAACACUUGUCCGUCCGUGUUCGCACCGCCUUCAUUGAGUUUAUCAACAAGCGCGGCUUUGAAGGCCGACUCCUCUUUGACCACGACCAGCUCAGUCUUUCUAUUCUCGUUCAGACGACUGGUUUGCGUGAGACCCAGGCAUACUCCACCCAGGCACAGUUCAAGGCGCCCAUCAACCUCAGCGGUGGAGAGCGCUCAUACUCGACCAUUUCGUUCCUGCUGGCGCUGUGGAAUGUGGCGCCUACGACCAUCAGUUGCCUGGACGAGUGGGAUGUCUUCCUCGACAGCGCCAACCGCAGCGUCGCCGCCAACAUGCUGAUUGAAGGUGCCAAGCAGAGUGAUGGCAAGCAGUUUGUCCUCAUCACUCCCCUGGAUAUGGGCGGCGUCAACGUUAGCGGCAACCACAACCGUGUCAUCAAGCUCUCCGACCCGGAGCGUGGUCAACAGACUCUCUCGUAG